GCCACGCGACCCGCGGUUGCCAUGGCUUCUCAGCGCUGCGAAGGCAGGAGGCAACGCAGCUAGGCGCCGACCGGCCUUGGCCGCGACUGGGAAAGCGGAAGGAAUCGCGCGCGCAAGCAACCAGCCGGUGUGGCAGAAUGGCAGUGAGCCACUCAGUGAAGGAGCGGACCAUCUCCGAGAACAGCCUGAUCAUCCUGUUACAGGGUCUCCAGGGCCAGGUAACCACUGUGGACCUGCGGGAUGAGAGUGUGGCCCGUGGACGAAUUGACAACGUGGAUGCUUUCAUGAACAUUCGCCUGGCCAAGGUCACCUACACGGACCGAUGGGGGCAUCAGGUUGAGCUGGAUGACCUCUUUGUGACAGGCCGUAAUGUCCGAUACGUCCACAUCCCGGAUAACGUGAACAUCACUGCUACAAUCGAGGAGCAGCUGCAGAUCAUCCACCGUGUGCGCAACUUUGGCAGCAAGGGCCAAGGCCGGCAGGAGUUUCCUUCCAAAAAAUAUAAGUGAGGCUGCCCUUAGCAAGCUCUGACACCAACUCAGGUGCUUCCAGUGUUAUGAACCAACUCCCUGUCACCCCUCCCUUCCUGGAACCUGGUGUCUGACCUACACCACCUGUCACCACUGCCUUUCACAGGGUUCCACUCCUCAGACUCUUCUUGGGACCCAGAAUCCUAUCUGUCUGCCUGUGGCCUUGGGGUAAAUGACAACCCCUCUUUUUUUGCAUACAAGUGUCUGGUUUACUAUUUUAGGGAAUCUGUCAAAUAGUUCAACCCUCUCCCUGUGAGGAUUAUUAAAUGUGCUUGGUCUCCAAUUCCCCA